AUGAUCGGACGAUUCAUUCAUAAUAGUGGCGGAUUGCUUUCACAGCUUCGAUUCUCCGUGCUCGCUUCGGCUGUCCAAGGGCGUGGAAAUGCAUGGCGUGCUUGUCUCGGAAAAAUUUGUCGUACCCAAUAUCUUCGACAUUAUCCGGUAACACUGGUUAGACCUGAUGGGUCAACUAUAGAAAUACGCUAUCUGGAACCCAGAUCAGUGGUUCAACUACCUGUGGAUGUUAAUUCAUUAACUGAAGAGGAGAAGCGACAACGUCUAGCUGCACGAAAACCGAAAGCAAAGAAAAUCAUUCAGGAAACAAUAGAUGAUAACUUCGACCCUAAUGAGUAUAUGAAGUUUUGGAGUCCACCGAUCGAGCAGAUGCCAACAAAGGAUAAUGGAGAAUUGAGAUAA